AUUCGUGAUUAGCGUUAGCCGCAGACUGUAUGAUAAUAAUAUCUUUAAUUUUCUCUCGUCUAGUCGUCUCCGACCUCCGUGGUCUGUGUACCUAAAAAAUUAAAACUGUUAAUCUCCAAUAAAACUUUCUGUUAUAAUAAUUUAUAAGCCUUUGGCUUGGUAAAAUGGCGUCUUCACAAGGAAAACACAUGCCCAAAGACACUCAGAUCAUCGUGUCGAUUAUGAAAGACUUGGGAAUUGUUGAAUACGAUCAACAAGUAUUGAAUCAUCUCUUGGAGUUUAACUACAGAUAUACGACACUACUGUUGGACGAUGCUAAGACAUUUUCAAACUUCGCUAAAAAGAAGAAUGUUGAUGCCGACGAUGUGAAAAUUGCAAUACAACUGGCGCAAGACGGAAUAUUUUGUCGACCUCCCCCUCGCGAUGUAUUAAUGACGGCAAGUCGUGAAGUAAACAAAAUACCAUUACCUCCAGUAAGGCCUGCAAGUGGACUGCGAAUUCCUCACGAUCGUUCAAAUUUCUUACAAACAAACUACAGGCUUAGGAAUGAUUUGUAUUCUGGAGGAAAUAUGCGUAAGGACACUAAAACAACAGCUGCAGAAAUGUUGGAGGCAUCUAGAAAAUUAGAAAUUGAAGAUAAUCCCUUCCCAUCAUCCAGUCAAAUGAUGAACAAUUCAUUGGAGUUUGAUUUGCAAGAAAUGAUUGAAAAUCCUCAAAGCAGUCAAGAAAGCAUUGGAGAAAAUAUUAAAGAAGAACUUAUGGAUGCUCAGGAAUAUCAAAACCGUUCAUAUUCUGAUAUUGCACUCGACGAUUCUGUUGAAAAACAACUUAAUGAUUUGUAAUUUAUCAUGAAUAACAUUAUAAAAAUACUAUAAAGUAGUAUCAUUCACUUUUGUUCAAUAUGUUAAAAACAUGUUAAGACUAAGAAUAUAUUUAUCGACUGUAAGUGUAUUAAGUCAGGAUUUGAUGCAAUAUAGCUUAUACAUACUUAAAAAAUAUUAUCAUCUAUGUUUUAUGAAUUUAUUACAUAAUCAAUAUAUAAACUUAAUUUUAAUUAACUA